UCCCAUCCCCCUCCCUCUCUCUCUCCACCCCGCACCCUUCCCAAUUCCCCAUCCUCACCGCCGCCGCCCCCGCCGCCCCCGCAGCCAGGCAGCCACCAACUCCACCGCAUCCGAAGCCAUAGCCGCCGCCCGCGGCCGCCGCGAGGACCGGCGCCCCUAUGCGCCGAACUCCACCGGCUUUCCCUGGCCUGCUCGCGCGUGCCCCGCGCCGAGGCCUGCCAUGAUGGGGUGGAGCUAGGAAGGCGUGAGCUUCGCCCGCGACCGCGCCGGCGGAGGAAGGGGCGUGGGAGCGCGCGACAACUAAGGUGGGCGCCUCGCCCGCCGGAUGGCCGCCGAUGACGCGGCGCGGAGCAGCAGACGGAUGGAUCUGAACCUCUACCUCGGCCUCCCCCGCGCCCCGCGCGCCCGCCGCCCCGAUCUCGGCUCCGACCUCGCGCUCGGCACCCCGAUGCUGUCUUCGUCGUCUCCAUCGUCCUCGGCUGCCUCCGCGGACGCGCCGCCGCUGGAGACGGAUCCGCUGCACCCGCCCUACUCGCCGACCCGCGCCGACCUGGUGCGCCCGCCGACCCCGGCGCACGAGCCCUACAACCCGUUCGCGCCCGAGGCGCACCCGCCCUACGUGCCCCCGCCACCACUGCCUGUUCCAGGGGCUUUACCUGUGCUCGCUGAUGAGCUUGAGUUUGGUUUUCCCGACGCGCACCUCGGUGUGGUCGAGCGCUUAGACCGGCCAUCGUCGUCGACUGCAUCCUCUCCCUUCCGCCCGGAUCGUGCCGAGCGCUACCGCCGCUUCAUGUCCUUGGGCGGGUCUCGCUACUUCCGGCCAAGACGGUUCCGGUCCGACCUUCCACCUCUCAGCUCAGAGGCUCCUAGCCUGGAGAAUGAUGCUGCAGCGCAACCACCUGAACGUGAAGAGCCUGUCCAUGAUACCGUGGAGGAGAACAAGGUGGUUACCGAUGGUGCAGUUGUGGGUGUCUCAGAGGACGAUGGAACAGAGCAUGGUAAGAGUGCCGCAAUGUUCGAGUGUAAUAUCUGUUUUGAAAUGGCUGAAGAACCAGUGGUUACCUCCUGCGGCCAUCUCUUCUGCUGGCCUUGUUUAUAUCAGUGGUUGCAUGUUCACUCCAGCCAUAAGGAGUGCCCUGUCUGCAAAGGAGAGGUUACUGAAGGGAACAUCACUCCUAUCUAUGGGAGAGGGAAUUCAGGUUCAGAUACUGAGAAGAAGGUUGCAGAGGAUGGCAACGCAUCUGGCCCCAAGAUUCCACCAAGGCCACAUGGGAAUCGGCUAGAGAGUUUCCGGCAACAGUUCCACCAUUUGCGGCCCAUAUCUAGAAGGUUUGGUGACACACAUGGGCUUUUGUCUACGUGGAGGCGCAUUUUUGAUCAGCAUUUGGUGAAUAGCAUGAGUAGACUUGAAGCGCCUCCUGAACCAUCUGUCUCGGAAACUGCUCAGCAUGCAAGCCGUUUGGGCCGAAUGACUACUAGGUUGAGAGCGAGGAGGUUGCAAAGGGAAGCGGAAAACCCUACAUCCGUUGUUUCAUCUGCACCAGAUAGUGGGCAGCCUGGAAACAAUACAUCCGAUCUGCCAAGGCGCUCUUCAAGCCCAUUUCACGCAGAAGGGAUGGAUUUAUUGCGACACAUUGCCUUCGCUGGUCUUGAAGACUCAGAAAGGUUUGCGACUGCUGUCAGUGAACUUAGGCGAAUUGCUAGGCCAAGCCCCUAUGGGGCAUCAACUUCAUCAAACCCACCAAAUCCUGAGCCUGUUGAUGGAACUCAUAUUGCCUCGGCACUGGCUGCAGAUCAAGCUUCUAAUUCAAGCACCAUGGCUGUGAUUCAGGAAGAUGCGGCUUUUACUGAAAGUGCUGGAGAACCUAGUAAUGCAGGGUCUUCAAGAUCCCUGAGAAGAAGAAGAGGAAGUGAUGCCUUAGGUUCUUUGGAUGUGGAUGGUGGGGACCUACAUCAGAAUAAGAGAAGGCGGCUGAACUAAGCUGCAGCUAAAGUGAAGCUACCAGGUUGCAGCAAUAUUCCAAUUUGCUUGGUGUGCUCUUCUCAGUUUAGCUUUUUUACCUCUUUGGUAGGUAAUAUGUGCUCUGCGUGGUAUGAAGUUGUUCAUCUGCUACUAGUUUACUAGGUAGCGCUUAGUUGGUUGCCUUAAUUCCAUCCGGCCUGUUUAAUUUAUCCGAUGGCUCAAGACAUGUAUACUGAGGAAACCUGGCGGUUGUCAUCAGAUGAGUUUUCCUUGAUAGUAAAUUGUAUGUGCAGAUCUGUAUUUUCUUGAUGGUAAAUUGUAUGUGGAAAUCUGUACUCCAUGAAUUUGGUCUCAAGCUGAGAAAUAACACAUGGACACCUGAGCUUA